UAUUUGUAUAUAUGAUGUGGAUGGAAGAUUGGCUGAUAUAAAAAUUAUACUAGAUUAAUUACAUAGUGUAUAACGUAUCAAAAUAAUUCAUCAAAAUGGUACUUAUUGCUGCAGCAGUCUGCACAAAAGCAGGCAAAACUAUAAUUUCUCGUCAGUUUGUUGAAAUGACAAAGGCUAGAAUAGAAGGUUUACUUGCUGCAUUUCCAAAAUUAAUGAGUCCUGGCAAACAGCAUACAUUUGUAGAGACAGAAUCUGUGAGAUAUGUUUAUCAACCUUUGGAAAAAGUAUAUAUGUUACUAAUUACAACAAAAGCUAGUAACAUAUUAGAAGAUUUAGAAACAUUAAGACUUUUUGCAAGAGUUAUUCCAGAGUAUUGCAAUUCAAUGGAUGAAGUUGAAAUAGCUGAAAAUGCAUUUAAUCUGAUAUUUGCAUUUGAUGAAAUAGUUGCAUUAGGAUAUAGGGAAAGUGUUAAUUUAGCACAGAUUAGAACAUUUGUAGAAAUGGAUUCACAUGAAGAAAAAGUUUAUCAAGCUGUAAGAAUGACUCAAGAAAGGGAGGCUAAAAAUAAAAUGCGUGAAAAAGCAAAGGAAUUACAAAGGCAACGUAUGGAAGCAGUUAAAAAGAGUGGUCUUAAAAGUCCUGGAUUUGGUAAUUCUUAUGGAAGUAGUGGUAACUUCACACCAACUGUAAAUGCAAAAGAUACUACCAAUUUUGUACCAGAACCAGUUAGACCAUUAUAUACAUCAACACAAAAACCUGUUAGUGCUGGACCAGGUGCAAUGAAAUUAGGAGGAAAAUCUCGCGAUGUUGAUUCAUUUGUAGAUCAGUUAAAAGAAGAAGGAGAAAAUGUUGUAACAACACCUUUACCUACAACAGGGACAAAGCCAACAUCGCUUACAUCACAAAUAAUCAACACGGAACCAGUUCACCUACGACAGGAAGAACGUCUUAAUGUACGUAUUGGUCGAGAUGGCGGUUUGCAACACUUUGAAUUGCAUGGUUUAGUAACACUACAUAUUUCCGAUGAGAAAUGGGGUCGAAUUCGUGUACAAUUAGAAAACAGAGAUUCAAGAGGAAUCCAAUUACAGACACAUCCAAAUGUAGAUAAAGAAUUGUUCAGGACACGUGGUCAAAUAGGUUUAAAAAUUCCUACUAAACCAUUUCCAUUGAAUACUGAUGUUGGAGUAUUAAAAUGGCGACUGCAAGCUCAAGAUGAAACAGCAUUACCUAUUUCAAUUAACUGCUGGCCAUCUGAAAAUGGAGAAGGUGGAUGUGAUGUGAACAUAGAAUAUGAAUUAGAACAGGUUAAUCUUGAACUAAACGAUGUUCAAAUUAACAUUCCGUUACCUAUGGGAUGCAAUCCAAUAGUAAGUGAAUGCGAUGGACAGUAUACACAUGAAGCACGACGAAAUACACUUGUGUGGUCUUUACCAGUUGUUGAUGCGACAACAAAAUCUGGUUCAAUGGAAUUUUCUGCACCUUCUUCUACUCCUGCAGAUUUUUUCCCUCUUCAUGUUUCAUUUUCAUCAAAAACAUCAUAUGUUAAUAUUAAAGUAACUGAAGUUUUACUUGUAGAAGAUGAAAGUCCUGUUAAAUAUUCAGUGGAAACAGUUUUCUUCACUGAUAAUUAUGAAGUGGUAUAA